GGGCCAGGACCUCAGAGUCAGUCAAGCGCGCAUCAUGUUCACAACUUUCCUCACUGUCGCCCUCGUGGCCUGUGUGGCCGCCGACGGUAUUCCGAGCUUUGUCUCUCCUGGUAAAUGUGCCUCAGUUGCCAACCAAGACAACUUCGACCUCAGGAAGUACGCUGGCCGUUGGUACCAGACCCACAUCAUCGAGAACCCUUACCAGCCGGUGACUGGAUGCAUCCACUCCAACUAUGACUAUUCCGAUAGUGACUACGGCUUCAAGGUGACCACCGCCGGCUUCAACCCGAAGGGAGAAUAUCUGAAGAUUGACUUUAAGGUCUACCCAACUAAGGAGUUCCCAGCCGCUCACAUGCUCAUUGAUGCUCCUUCAGUGUUCGCCUCGCCGUAUGAGGUCAUCGAGACUGACUACGACACCUACUCCUGCGUCUACUCCUGCAUCACCACCGACAACUACAAGGCAGAGUUCGGCUUCGUGUUAUCCCGUACCCCCCAGACCUCAGGACCCGCCGUCGAGAAGUGUGCCGCUGUCUUCAAGAAGAACGGUGUCGAGUUCUCCAAGUUCGUGCCUGUCUCGCAGACGGCUGAGUGCGUCUAUAGAGCUUAAGGCUCCAUAACAUUUCACAAUUAUCAAAACAACAAUCUCACUGUUCUUCCGCUAUCGUCUCCCAUAUUUUCAUGUACAUAAACGUGACCUUAUCUUACCAACAGUCAGUGCUACAUAACCUUACCGGCUUGGCGCCUUCUUUUGAUAUUUACUUUCUAACCAACAGUAAAAUGACACUCGUGUCUAAUUACAAGUAGCCACAAGCUAUGGUGAGACACAUAGGACUGUACUGUGAGGUUAAAGGCUCAGGCCCCCAUGACUGUGUACUGUGAGGUCGUCGACUCACGCCCCCAUGACUGUGAACUUGUACAUUAAGAUUUGUGAUAUGCCUCAUGUGUUUACAGAACAAGUGUCCACAUGUGUUUAAAAUGGAUCAUUCGAUAUGUACAUAUGUGAACCUUCCUGAUAUUAUGUACAUGUGAAAUAAACUUUUUAUAAAUUGUU